AUGGCUGAUAGUGAUGACGAAUAUGAUCGAAAACGGCGCGACAAAUUUCGUGGUGAAAGGGGUGCUGCAGAAGGAAGUAGCUAUCGAAGUAGUGAUCGUCGUGAAGAAAGAAGUCGCGGCCGUGACGAUUGGUCAGAGAGAUCUCGAGGAGGUCGUUCUGGCCCAGACUAUAGAGAUUAUCGUGGAGGAGCUAGUGCAAGUCGAGGAUACUCUCCAGUGAGAGGCGAUGGCCCACCAAGCAAGCGUAUCCGUCCUGAUUGGCCCGUUGAAGAUCGAAGAUAUGGAGGCAUGCCACAUGAUUCAUAUGGGUCAUAUGGAUGGGCUCAUGAUCAUUUUGGGCCUCAUCCUGCCCAUCAAGGUUAUGGCCAACCUAUGCCACCAGUGCCUGCUAGAGAUGCUGUGGUACCAAUGGGGCCAGCAGAAAACUCGGGAGCAAUGAUGUCCUUCAAGGCUUUUUUGGCUGCCCAAGAUGACUCCAUCACUGAGGAUGAUGCCAUUCAGAAGUACAAUGAAUACAAGCUUGAAUACAGGAGGCAACAAUUAAAUGAGUUUUUCGUUGCUCAUAAAGAUGAAGAAUGGUUCAAGAUCAAGUAUCAUCCAGAGGAAUCUGUCAAACGUAAGGAAGAGCAAUUAUCUGCUUUGAAGAACCGUUUGAAUGUAUUUUUGGAGCUACUAGAUCAUGAAGAACUAGAUAAAGUCACAGUAGACAUUGAUAAAACUGAUAAGUUGAUACGUCUCCUGGACACGGUGGUAAUCAAACUCGAAGGUGGUACAGAAGAUGAUCUAAAAGCACUGGAUGAUCCUCCACCACAAGAAAAUGCUAAUUCAAAUGAUAAAUCAGGUAAAACAGAUUCUGAUAAAACAAUUGUCAUUGAUGUUGAUGCAGUUAAAGUAAAAGAAGAGAAAGAUGAAUCAGAAAAAAAAGAAAAGGAUAAGAAAGCGGAAUCGCCAAAGCCUACCGAGCCAUUGACAAUGGCGAUCGAUCCUCAUCUGCGUCAAUUGCAGGAACAAGCGAAGCUGUUUUCGCGUUUCAAUUCCGAGCCGCAGCCAGAACCCGAGGAAAAGGAGCCACCGCCUCCUGGUUCGUCUUCUAGCUCGUCGUCUUCCAGUUCUUCCUCUUCGAGUUCGGAAGAUGAGGGCGAAACUAACACUCGACGCAAGUCCAAGUCUAAAUCGAAGACCCCAGAAAAGUCUCCUGAAAAGACGGAGAAAGCUGCGUCACCUAUUGUUGAGAAUGCAGUUGAAACAGUAGAGAAUGAUAAAGACAAAGAAAAGACUCCAGAAAAUAAGUCGGAAACUGUCAAUGACGCCGUCGCCGAGAAGAAGGAAUUGCGAGCACUGCAUAAAACUACAUCAAUAUUUUUAAGGAAUCUGGCACCAACUAUUACUAAAGCCGAAGUUGAAGCUAUGUGCAAACGAUAUGGUGGAUUUUUGCGCGUCGCAUUAGCCGAUCCGUCGCCGGAGCGACGUUGGUUUCGACGCGGUUGGGUCACUUUUCGCCGUGAGGUCAACAUCAAAGACAUUUGUUGGAACCUAAACAACAUCCGCUUACGCGAGUGCGAGCUGGGCGCCAUAGUGAAUCGCGACCUUCAGCGCCGUAUCCGUCCCGUAUCUGGCGUAACGUUAGAACGAGCGGUGAUGCGUGCGGAUGCGCGAUUAGCCGCGCGACUGGCGCAUUUACUCGACACGCGCACGCAUCUAUGGGAUGUUGACGCAGACUCGCAGACAGCCAACGAUAACACGAACAACUCCAACGCCUGUGAGAACUUCAGUCUCAACUCCAAAAACCCGGUGCUCCACAAAAUAACGGAACAUUUAAUUGAAGAAGCGUCUACCGAAGAAGAGGAGCUACUCGGCCUAGAAGCUUCGUCGGAGAUAGCUGCUCAGGAACAACCGGACCCGGAACUAAUGCGCGUGUUGGAUAGACUCGUGCUGUACUUGCGUAUCGUGCAUUCUGUUGACUAUUACAACCAUUGCGAAUACCCGUAUGAAGAUGAGAUGCCAAACCGUUGCGGCAUAAUGCACGCACGCAGCGGACCACCAGCUAAUAAGCCAGCGCAGCAAGAAGUACAAGAUUACAUAAAGACCUUUGAAGGCAAGAUGUCUGCUUUCCUACAAGAUAUGAAACCACUUUCGGAUGAAGAGUUACAAAAAUUGGGGAUAAAGGACCCUGAUGUAGAAGUCGAGAAAUUCAUUCAAUCUAACACCCAAGAAUUAUCUAAAGACAAGUGGCUGUGUCCACUAAGUGGCAAGAAAUUUAAGGGUCCCGAUUUCAUAAGAAAACACAUUUUUAACAAGCACGCAGAGAAGGUGGAUGAAGUGCGACGCGAGGUGGCGUACUUCAACGCGUACGUGCGCGACGUGCGCCGGCCGCAGCAGCAAACCCCGCCGCCGCGCAACCCGCCCGCCGCUGCCGCGCACGCGCCCCCGCCCGCGCCGUACGGUGGCGGGCACGGUGCGGGCCCCACGGCGGGGCGCGGCUGGGGCUGGGGUGGGUGGGCCCCUCCGGCGCCCUACGCGCCUCGUCAUCCGCGCUUCUCGCGCCCCAGGGGCGGUGGUGCCGAGUUCCGCGCGGUCAUACACUAUCGCGACUUGGACGCCCCGCGCGAACCAGACGAGUUCGUAUAG